UCAGUCAACUUGAAUGAGGUGUUAGGUUUCAAGUCAUAUUUGUCUGCUGGAGUUUGGUUUCAUUCCACAAGCUUGGAUACUUAAUUAUGAAGUUAAACAAAAGAGCAGGUGGACAAAGAUGAUUUAGAUGCUCUUUUCUUUUAGUUUGGAAAAGGGCAAUUAUGUAACGUAUUGUAUCGAAGUAGAUUUUAGAAUUAACAACUUAGAUUUUUAUUUUGUUGUCGACAAUUUUUACAUUAUAUUUUUGUCCACCUUGUCAAUAUUAAAGUUUCAAGAAAGGAAGUUUGAAAUUGUCAAUAUUGUACAUUUAGACUUUUCCUCUUUAUCACAAGCUUUCCCACAUUCUCAAAAACUACUCACCCUAGCAAAGCUUUCCCACAUAUCUCAAAUCUUACCAUUUCUCGAACACAGUAUCAUCCGAUGAACUCUCGAGCAAAAGAGGUGAAAGUUGAGCUUCCAGGGUUUAUCCGAGUCUAUGAAGAUGAUUCAGUUGAGAGAUUUUAUGGGUCACCACAAGUUCCUCCCACCCUUGAAGAUCCUGAAACCGGCGUCUCCUCAAAAGACGUAAUAAUAUCUGCUGACAAAAAUAUUUCAGCUCGGAUCUAUCUUCCUAAAAUCAUCACAAACAACCACCCUAUCUUAGUUUACUUCCAUGGUGGCGACUUCUGCGUUGAAUCCGCUUUCUCUCUUCACCACCAACGUUACAUGAACAUCCUUGCUUCACAAGCUGGAGUGUUAGUUAUUUCAGUAGAGUAUAGACUUGCACCUGAGCACCCUCUUCCAAUUGCCUAUGAAGAUUGUUGGACUGCACUUAACUGGGUCACCUCUCUUGAUGACCCAUGGUUAACCAAACACGGAAAUCUUGACGCACUCUUUAUUGGGGGUGACAGUUCGGGAGCCAACAUAGUUCACAACCUAGCCAUGAAGGCUGGCACUCAGAGUUUAGACCACGGGGUUAAGAUCCUAGGAGCUUUCUUUUCGCAUUCAUAUUUCUUGGAUGAACCAAGUUCAACAAGGUUGGAUGUUCAAAUGGCUUAUAAAAUAUGGGACUUUGUGUAUCCAAAUGCACUUGGUGGGUCAAAUAGCCCCAUGAUUAAUCCAAUGGGUGAUGGAGCUCCGAGCUUAGCUGGGCUUGGGUGUUCUAAGGUGCUUGUGGUAGUGGCUGAAUUGGAAGGGCAGAGAAAUAGUGAGAUUAGAUACUAUAAUGCUGUUAAGGAUAGUGGAUUUCAAGGGAGUGUGGAGUUGUUUGAGACCAAAGGAGAAGAUCAUUGUUUCCAUAUCUUCAACCCGGAUACCCACAAUUCCAAACUGUUGUUCCAACGGCUUACUUCCUUCCUUCGCAACUAGUUAUGUCAAACUUGUUUACUCCCUAGUACCUACAUGAUCAGUGUACAAGUCGAUCUAUGUUCUUGUGUUUUUACCUUUUUUUACACGCAUAAUUUGAUUUUUGGAAAUAAAUUGUUUACUGUCUUUUGCUUUUGGCUUUUCAAUUUAUUACACACAAAAGGAAAUGGGUAAGUAUCAUACAAAAGCUUCUGUGUAAGACCGUCUAAGUGUCUAACGGUUAGACCAUUUUUUUGGUACU